UAAAGCUUGUGGCUCUCAUACAAACGGCAGUCCCGCCAAACGCAUUGUCGGUUGAUCGCAAAUUCACUCGAUAGAACCUUUUCUGAUUUUAUAAGUGUUAAUCCGUGUGUGUUUUUGGAUUACUUAUAACUUGAGGUCACCGACGGUGCGACUCAACAACAUGGCUUCACUCAAAUUAAUGCUGUUACCAGCAUUAGUGUUGCUGAGCGUUGCUUCUGGGACUUUCCAAAAGAAUUUCAAGCGUGAUGCACCGUUAAGCUCCUCAUACCUGCCGCCUUCUGGUGGACACGGUGGGGGUGGUGGUGGUGGUGGAUAUAGCGGUGGCCACGGAGGGGGUCAUGGCGGUGGUCAAGGAGGCGGACAUGGUGGUGGUCAUGGGGGCGGUCACGGGGGCGGUCACGGGGGCGGUCAAGGCGGUGGACAUGGAGGUGGCCUUGGUGGCGGUCUCGGCAGCCUUUUCAGCGGUGGCCAUGGCGGCGGUCUCGGUAGCCUUUUCGGAGGUGGCCAUGGAGGAAGCAAAGGAGGUGGCCAUGGAGGAAGCAAAGGAGGCGGCCAUGGAGGUGGACACGGCAGCAGCAAGCCAUCAUCCUCAUAUGGAGCACCGAAACCUUCAAGCAGUUACGGAGCUCCUAAGCCCUCAUCAAGCUACGGCCCACCACGUCCUUCGAGCAGCUAUGGACCUCCAUCUAGCUCAUAUGGCGCUCCUGCUCCAUCAUCUAGCUAUGGUGCUCCUGCUCCUUCUUCCAGCUAUGGAGCCCCAGCCCCUUCGUCUAGCUAUGGUGCCCCUGCUCCCUCUUCCAGCUACGGUGCCCCUGCUCCUUCUUCCAGUUAUGGAGCCCCAGAACCUUCAUCUAGCUAUGGCGCACCCGCUUCCAAGCCAUCGUCAAGCUACGGUGCUCCUGCAAGACCACCAGCGACUAGCUACGGUGUUCCUACUGGUCCUUCCACUUCAUAUGGUGCCCCUAAGCCUUCCAAGCCUUCAAGCUCGUAUGGAGUUCCCGCUCCAUCUAGCUCCUAUGGUGCACCAGCACCCUCUUCAUCAUACGGUGCCCCAGCACCAUCCUCAUCAUACGGUGCCCCAGCACCAUCCUCAUCAUACGGUGCCCCCGCUCCCUCCACAUCAUACGGAACUCCGGCGGCUCCGUCACCAUCAUAUGGGGCACCAUCUCCACCGUCAACCUCGUAUGGAACUCCAUCAUCGUCUUAUGGUGCCCCCUCAUCUUCAUCUUCUUCCUCUGGUCACGGAAGCAGCGGAUUCAGUAGUAGCGGGCUCGGUAGCAGCGGUUUUGGAGCUAGUGGAUUUGGUGGCGGAAGUGGAUUUGGAAGCAGUGCUCCAUCUUCAAGUUACGGUGCCCCUAGUGCACCUUCAAGUUCUUACGGUGCUCCAUCAAGUUCAUACGGAGCCCCCAGUUCUGGAGGUUCAUCCGGCGGUUACUCCUCGGGAGGGUCAGGUGGACACUCUUCAGGAGGACAUUCAUCAGGUGGAUCCGGUGGAUAUUCAUCUGGAGGCGGCUACUCUUCUGGGGGAUCAGGAGGGUACUCUUCUGGAGGAUCAGGAGGGCACUCUUCUGGGGGAUCAGGGGGGUACUCUUCUGGUGGAUCCGGAGGUUACUCUUCUGGUGGAUCGGGCGGAUACUCUUCUGGUGGAUCAGGAGGAUACUCUUCAGGUGGAUCAGGAGGAUACUCUUCAGGUGGACAUUCUUCAGGUGGUUCCGGUGGGCAUUCGUCUGGUGGUCAUUCUGGAGGGUCAGGUGGAUAUUCCUCUGGUGGCUCAAGCUACUCAUCGGGUGGAGGUUAUUCUUCGGGAGGAUCUGGAGGAUACUCUGGCGGAGGUGGAUUUUCAUCAAGUGGUUCAAGCGGUGGCGUACCAGCCACUAUCAGCCAAAGUUAUUCUUCUAAUGGUGGCUACGUGUACUAGAAUUGGCUCGUAUUAACCAAGGAGUAAUAAUAAUAGUCAAUUCUUCAUUUUAACCUUGGGAUGAUACACCUCAAUAAUCAUAACGUUCACUGAACCCUGAUUCCUGUGACGGUUCGUCGUCAAAUCAAAACUACGAUAGUUAAUCCAAAUGAAACAGUUCGGACCUAACAUUAAUACUACCAAACUGACUGGCUCUAUGCAACAAGAUUUCGAGGAUUUUCAAUGGACAGCAAAGGCUACUUGUCAUGAUGCACGAGACAAAACAAAUUGGAAUGACUUGAAACUGGAAAGGCCUAAGGGCCACCAGUAGUCCUUCAAACAUAAAAAAAAGAAAAAAAAAUCUAAUUAUGUGUUUUCGUGAUGGGCACGUAAACUCACCAGGUCCUACAUAGCUUCCAAGGUCAUUGAUAGAAAAUAUCUCAGUAGUGUUAAAGUGAAGAGGGCUCUCUAUGAAAAGCAUCUCCCGGUGAGCGAUACGUCGCCAUGCUGGUGCAAUCAAACGAAAGUAUUAGAUAAUUAAAUUAAAUGUGAAAUGUACAAAAAAUAGAAUUUUAAGCGUAUUUGUAAAGUUUAUUUUUUUUUAUUAAUAAAUAAAUAUUUUUAAAUGUUU